AUGAUUCUCAUACCGUUACCUCAGCGCGCUGUGAACACUCCUUUCAAGUUCGCGCUCUUCGCGGAGACAAACCGCGGUCAGGCUAGAACGUCAGCGCAGGAGGCGCACGACAUCAAGGCAGCAAUCUCGAGCAUGUCAUCGAUGGUCGAGGACCUUGACUCCAUAUCGGGGCAUUUGGGCAAGUUCCGACGGACAUUGGACGAGGCGAUGUUGUCUCAUUCGCGACUCAUAUCCGUCGUCAAUCACAUACCCGUGGAGCUCCUUGCCGAAAUAUUCAAGCUAAGUGCGCAGAGGGAUGUUGCGAAGAAAGGAUCCAGCGGGCUCCCACAGUUCCACCACUCUCAGAGGAUCGGGGCCAAUCCUCAUGGCUCUCUGAAUGUCGCUCAGGUCUGCCGCAAAUGGAGGGAAGUCGCGCUGAGCAUCCCGUCGCUGUGGAACAUG